AUGCCUCAUACACGCUUCGCCGAGGAGCCGCCUCAGGUUAUUAACGACGCCGAUCUCCAGGUCGCCAACGAGAAGCUCGAACCCCAAAACGACGGGACCCUCAACGGCGACGCUAGCACCAGCGAGCAAACCUCGUCCAAGGAGCUUGAACGCGACGUCAAUCACUUGGACCGACAAGCCGAUGGUCUCGCCAACGGCAGUGGCGCCAAGCUGGAGAAGCUUGGAACAUACGACAAGUACGAGAUCACCGAGGACGACUGCUACGACGAGCUCGGCUUCUCCUUUCCCAAGUGGAAAAAGUGGUAUAUCCUCACCAUAAUCUUCUGGGUUCAGGUGUCGAUGAAUUUCAACACCUCGCUUUACUCGAACGCCAUCGCCGGUAUCUCGGAUGAAUUCAGCGUCAGCGCUCAGGCGGGCCGCUGCGGCGCCAUGAUUUUCCUCGUCCUCUACGCCUUCGGCUGCGAACUAUGGGCCCCGUGGUCUGAGGAGUUCGGUCGCUGGCCGGUGCUCCAGCUAUCGCUGCUGCUCGUCAACAUCUGGCAGCUUCCCGUCGCCCUGGCGCCCAACUUCGCCUCCAUUAUGGUCGGCCGCGCCCUGGGCGGUCUGUCGUCUGCUGGUGGCUCCGUCACCCUCGGUAUGAUUGCUGACAUGUUCGAGUCCGACAAGCAGCAAUACGCUGUCGCCUAUGUCGUUUUCUCCUCGGUCGGCGGCUCUGUCCUCGGCCCCAUCGUGGGCGGCUUCACCGAGGCGUACUUACACUGGAGAUGGUCGAUCUGGGUUCAGCUCAUUUUUGGGGUUGCUGUACAGGCACUCCACUUCUUCACCGUCCCCGAGACGCGCACCACCAUCAUGAUGAACCGCAUCGCCAAGCGUCGCAGAAAGGAGGGCAACCCCAACAUAUGGGGCCCCGACGAGCUCGUCCCCUUCAAGGAUCGCUUCUCCGCCAAGGAGAUCCUGUCCACUUGGGUUCGCCCCUUCAAGAUGUUCCUCACCGAGCCCAUCGUGCUCGUGCUGUCGCUUCUCUCCGGUUUCUCCGACGCCCUCAUUUUUAUGUUCAUCCAGUCCUUUGUUCUCGUCUACGGGCAAUGGAACUUCACCACCGUUCAGGUCGGUCUCGCUUUCAUCCCCAUCGGCAUUGGCUACGUCCUCGCCUGGCUCCUCUUCAUCCCGGCCAUCAAGCGAAACAUCAAGGAGCGCCGGGCCAAGCCCAACGACGACAGAGCCCAGUACGAGUCCCGUCUCUGGUUCCUGUUGUACACCGCACCCUGCCUACCAAUCGGCUUGAUCGGUUUCGCCUGGACCAUCCAAGGCCCGCCCAUCCACUGGAUUGGCUCCAUGGUGUUUGCAGCCAUCGUCGGCAUCGCCAAUUAUGCAAUCUACAUGGCCACUAUCGACUACAUGAUCUGCGCGUACGGGCCUUACUCCGCCUCGGCGACCGGGGGUAACGGCUGGGCCCGCGACUUCCUCGCUGGUGUCCUCACCGUCCCCGCAACGCCCUUCUUCACCAACAUCGGAGCCGACAGCGGGAAGAACCUGGAGUACGCCUGUACGAUUCUCUUCUGCAUCUCUUUCGCCCUUGUUAUCGCAGUCUACGUCAUCUACUGGAAGGGUCCUGCCCUGCGUGCUCGCUCGCCAUUCGCGCAGAAGCUGGCUGGCGCGAGAGACGAUGUCGGUGGUCGUCGCGUGAGUUACGCCCCUGGAGACAGACAAGCCACUGCUGCUUCUGGAAACGACCAGCCCGACCGUCCGGUCUACCAACGAUCUUACAGCCAGCAGUCCCGUUUCUUCGGCGAGAACCGUGUUACGCCCCGCGGCACACCCAGAGGUACACCGUCGGCUAGCAGAGCUAACAGCUUUAUUGGCACCGGGCGUCUGGCGGCCAAGUAA